AUGACAACUCGACCACGUUUAUUUGCUCGUACAUUUAAAGUAAAUCAUAACCCUGAACAAACAUCGUCAUCAAAAAAGUCUAUUAUUCUACUACUGGAUUUAUUUUCAAGUGAUAUGCAUUUACGUAAAGAGCUUGAUCAUCUUUCUAACUGUCACUGCUUUCGAGCGUAUUCUAUAAAUAACUGUUUAGAUUUAAUAUAUCAAGAUGGUAUUAAAGAUGGUUUAAUUUUGCUUAUUAUUUCAUCUCGAUUUGUUGACUUUAUUUUCGAUAUCUUGUUAGAAAUUGUGCCACAAUUGUCAUAUAUUUAUUUAUUUGAUAAAGUUCCAUACAACCAGCACUUAGUUCGUGAUCUACGAUUGCGUGGUAUAUUCGAUAAUGUUCAAUUAUUAACUGAGCAAAUACGUGAGGACAUUGAAAACUUCGAAUUUUCUACUCAUAAAAGCGAAGGCGUUCAUUAUAUACUUGAAGACAGUGCAACAUUUUUUUGGUAUCGAUUCUUCUUUAAUAUUCUUGACCGUUUAAAAAAUACUGAUAUCGCAAGACAUGAAAUGAUUAAUCGAGUUCGUACUACUUAUGGAGAUGAUACACGUAGAUUGAAAGAAAUUAAUCAUUUUGAGAAUGAAUAUUACUCUGAUGACGUUAUCCAUUGGUACACUACACUAGGCAUUUUUUUUUGGGAACUUAAUCAAGCAUUACGCAGUCAUGAUAUCAAUGAAAUAUUUUUAUUGCGGGCUUACAUUAGUGAUCUCGACAGAAAGCUUCGAGAACUAUGCUCAAUGCAAAUGGAUUCUCAAUCAAGGUGUGUAUUUCGAGGUCUACUGUUACAUAAAUACAACUUACGUAAGCUGACAACAAAUGUAGGUAAAUUAAUCGCAAUGACUUCUUUUCAAUCUACAAGUUCAGAUCUCGAUAUUGCGAAGGUUUUUGCCGGAGAUGGUGAAGUUGAUUUCCCUUUUCAACCAGUUGUCUUCAAGAUACUUAUUGAAUCAAACAACAAUAAAAUAGUAUGUGCCGAUAUCUCCAAACUAAGUGACUUCGAAGAUGAAAAAGAGCUCCUAUUUUCAAUACGAUCAAUGUUUCGUAUCGAACGAGUUGAAUAUUCUGGUAAUAUAUGUUAUAUUAAUUUAACAGCUGUAGAUGAAGAUGAUCAACAAUUUUGCACAGCAAUCAAUCCGUGGAAAGCAAAAAUUAGUGAACAGAGUUUUUUUUCUGGACGUCAUGAACCAUUAUUUACUCGACUUUUAAUCGAUGAAAAUAGUUCUUUUCUAGCUUUUCAACUACUUACUGAUAUGAUGUUACGACUUCAUCAAACUGAAUUUGCUCGACAAGAAAUGAUUGAAAUGUGUCGACUGAAAUGUGAACACAGCUUAACUGAUUUAGAGAAGAUCAAUGAAUUUGAAAGAUCCUAUCAACAUAGUCAAGCCAUAGAAUGGUAUACAACAAAUUCUUUUCUUUAUCGACUUCUUCAUCAAGCACUUAGAAUGGAAGAUAUUGAUACUAUUUUUAAACUACGUUAUUACAUUUAUGAUUUACAUAAUCAAUUAGCUCAACUUCAUCGAUCUUAUCUUUACUCUUUACCGUCGAAUCAACCAAUAUUAACACUUUAUCGUGGACAACGUAUGAAAACUACUGAAUUAACAAAACUUCAAGAGAAUGUUGAUAAAUUAAUAUCUAUGAAUAGCUUCUUAUCGACAACAAACGAUGUUAUAGCCGCUAUUUUUUUUGCUGGUGAUGGCUGUCUUAAUGAUCCAGACGAGGAAAUAUCAGCUGUUUAUCAAAUCACAAUUGAUACAAGUGUACCUCAUUCAAUUCCAUUCGCAAAAAUUCAGUAUAAAAGUAUAUUUCAAGAUGAAGAUGAAGUUUUAUUUUCCAUGGCCUCAGUUUUUCGAAUAGAUAAUGUUGAACAGUAUGGAGCGUUGUGGGUAGUUGAAUUAACAUUAAUCAACAAAGAAGAUGAAACAUGGAAUAUUCUUACAGCACAUUUAAACAAAUAA